AUGAGUCACUCCUCGAAAGCCAAUAACGCCGCGAAUGCCAAACAGGGUGCUUUUAACCCCACAGCCCCUCGCGGAGAGCCAAUGACCACUAAGGGUCAUCAACUCGGUCGUAAAAUCAAUGAAGCUGAUUAUCACCCCGAAUACCAUGCGCAGCCAUUCCCUUCCGGGGCAGCCCCAGCAAGCAACUCAUAUACCCCCAACCCCAUUUCCUCAAUUCCCGGCCAAGCCAACAAUCCCAAUGUGAGUGAGGGAGAAGAAGAUGAGGUCGCCACCUACACAUCGGCGGCGGAUACAUUACUAGGAGCCACCUCGGGUGAUGUGAACCGCGGCCUAGGGACACCGAUGCAGGGUCAGACCAACACCGAGAUCAGGCAUAACGGCGCGCAUGGCCGCAAGAAGCAAACUUACGGACUGGAAGGCAUUGGCUCCUCUAUGCAAGAACAUGGUAGUGGAGGUGGGGGCCAGUUUGCGGACCAGCGUAGCCUCGAGAGAGAAUAG